UAGUUUGUCCCUCCGCUGUUUCCGUCCGGUUCCGACUGUGACAACCCGGACGUGAGAGCAGAGUCCAAACAAACAAACAAACAGCCUCACAGACUGAACUCAGGUGUUUCACCGACAUCAUGCACAGAUUGAAGAUCAUCUCGGGACACCUGUCUCCCUCCUCCGGCUCCUCUCAGGACAGACGGGACCUGUGGAGGACGGAGUGCGGAUCAGCGGGGAGCAGCGGUCCGGAGGACGUGGUGGUGGUUCAUGGACUCAGGACCGCUAUCGGGAAAGCCAAGAGAGGAGCGUUCAAGGACACGACACCCGACGAGCUGCUGAGUGCAGUGAUGACAGCGGUGCUGAAAGAUGUUGGACUGUCACCCAACAAGCUGGGAGACGUUUGUGUGGGUAACGUGCUGCAGCCAGGUGCCGGUGCUCUGAUGGCCAGAGUGGCUCACUUCCUCAGUGGGUUCCCAGAGACAGUCCCCGUCUACACGGUGAACAGACAGUGCUCCUCUGGACUGCAGGCUCUGUUUAACAUAGCAGGAGCCAUCAGGAGCGGAUCCAUCGACCUGGGCCUCGCAUGUGGUGCGGAGAGCAUGUCUCUGCGUUCGAUAGGUAAUCCAGGAGAUUUGAGCUCCAGGCUGGUGGACAACGACAAGGCCAGAGACUGCAUCCUCCCGAUGGGCAUCACGUCUGAGAACGUCGCAGAGAGAUUCGGGGUCUCCAGAGAAAAACAGGACGCCUUCGCUCUCAGUUCUCAACAGAAAGCAGCCAAGGCGCAGACAUCCGGCCUGUUCCAGCAGGAGAUCGUUCCCGUCACCACCAAGUUUGUAGACGACGACGGUAAAGAGCGUGAGGUGACAGUCACUAAGGACGAUGGGAUCAGAGCGGGAACAACUCUGGCAGGACUCAGUAAACUCCGGCCGGCCUUCAAACCUGACGGCACCACCACAGCAGGUAACUCCAGCCAGGUGAGUGACGGAGCAGCAGCCGUGCUGAUUGGUCGCAGGUCUGCAGUCGAGGCUCUGGGUCUGCCCGUCCUGGGGGUCCUGAGGGCCAGUGCAGUGGUGGGGGUCCCUCCUGAUGUUAUGGGUAUUGGACCAGCAUUCGCCAUCCCUGCAGCUCUGGAGCAGGCCGGACUGACUGUGGACGAUAUCGACGUGUUUGAAAUCAAUGAGGCCUUUGCCAGUCAGGCCGUGUACUGUGUGGAGAAACUGGGAAUCCCGUUGGAAAAGGUGAAUCCUAGUGGAGGAGCCAUCGCUCUGGGUCAUCCUCUGGGCUGCACUGGAGCUCGACAGGUGGUGACGCUGCUCAACGAGCUCAAACGCAGAGGACGGAGGGCGUACGGUGUCGUGUCCAUGUGCAUUGGUACUGGGAUGGGAGCUGCUGCUGUCUUUGAAUACCCUGGACUGUAGGAGCUGACCACAAGACUCUGAUACUGUGAUUUAAAGCCCCUUUCAGACGUAUCGGGUAAUCUGUCUUCACUUUGUACAUGGCUCAGGUGGUCUGGUUUUCUUGCUCUAAUCCCUCCUCGUCUCCUCGAUGCAGCAUAAGCGAUAGUGGACCAACUCUUCUGUUCUCAAGGGUUUUUCAGAAGCUUGUUUGAGGCUCCAGCAGCGUUAGAUAAAUCAAAUAUCAUCUACCAAAGUUUUUAGUUCAAACUUUCUGCUGUGGGAAGCAACAAAAGCAACACUAUACAAAAAAAAAGCCUCUAACUUUGGAACAUUUCUUCUUGAGUUGUUGAAUUCAUAUUAGAUUCAGAUGAACAUUCUCACCCAGAAUGAGGACUGUGUAUUUUGAACUUUAUGUUUCUGUUUGAACAAUUACAGCAAGAAAAACCUGUUUCAGUGUCCAUGCGUGCAUCUGACUGUUGUCAAAACUGUGAACCUGUCCUUUAAAAACUGCCUGGUCUCAUGUUCCACAAAUGUUUUCACCACAUUAAUAACCAUAAAGCAGAGAUUUAACAAACUGAGCAGUGUUACAAGGUCCAGGUCUGAAAAGGGCUACAGAGAGAUUUGAAUCAACCUUCACAUUAAUCUCCACUGAACUAAUGCUGUUUUAGGUGUUAAUACUCAUGUAGAAAAUACUUUUCAAAUUUCAGGUGAUCAAGUGCCUUUGAUUUCAUGUUGCUGAUCCAGGGUUUGAUUGUUCUUGAUUUAAAAGAUGCUGAGCCUUGCUGUCUGUUGUGAAGGUAGACCUGACCGUCCAUGAGUAAAUGUCCUGAGUUUGAUUUCCUUUUUGAAGAUGUUAUGAAUCCAAUAUGAUCCGUCAAAAUUAAAAGGACCAAUCCAGAACAGUAAUUUAAGUUUUGCAGAUAAUAGGCUUCAUGCAAGAACCUUUUUUUUAUUCAUAUCCUUAACCUCUCGCCCGUAUAAUUCAGAUUGAACAGACUCUGAAUGGACAAAUCCCAGACGAGUCUGUCAGGUCUUCAAAAUAUGUUUUAUCAUGAGAACUCGUGCAAGAAACGACACGAUGCCAUGCAUCUGUGCAGCAAAAAAA